UCAGCGACUUAUAGGGGGACUGCGGUGCGCAUUCUGACACUGGGGGGAACUGACUUGGGGUCACUGACAUCCCCAGUGACACCAAUACAGUGAUCAGUGCUAAUAAAAAGCACUGACACUGUACUAAUGGCACUGGGCAGGAAGGGGUUAACAUCUGGGGCAAUCAAAGGGUUAACUGUGUGCUGUUUUACUAUGUGCUGUGUGUGUGCGUAUUUCACUGUGUCAGCACAUUGCUUUGUAUUGCUCUGCUAUGCAGAGCAAUACAAAGCAAUGUGCAGGAGCUGACAGGGGAGAGAUCUGUAUUGUUUACAUACAGGUCUCUCCCCUGUCAGUGAUACUCGGUGAUCGCUGGGUGCCGGCAGGGAAUCA